UCUUACACACGUAUUGCCGUACGGGACAUACCGUAAAACAAUAAUAAAACGAUUUUCGCCGAUCCACUUGGCAACGCCAUCGACUUGAAAAGCACGAGGAAAUACAACAAAAUAUAUCAUCAUCAUAAAACAAUAAUAUAUUAGCCGAACGACAUCGCGAAACGUUCCACGACCACGUCUGCGAUCAAAGAGAGACACAGUGGUCGUUCAGUAACAGGUACCGUCGUCUCGUUACCGCGAACACCGUUGGCAACAAUAGUGAUCUGUAUGACCGCGUAGAGACGCGUAUACCGCGGACGCGGUAACGCCGCACGAUGGCCGCCGAUUACGGUCGGCUCAAGUGGGCCGACGACAAGCGGUGGACGAACGACCGGAAGCGCGGCACGUACAAAGGAUUGGCGGAAGCCAGCCACCGGUCGUACGACGCCGAAUGGCUGGCCGACGACGUGGCGACGGCCGAGCGGCUGGCCGACGUCAAGAAGUCCGCCGCCCGACUGCGCCAAGCGGUCGGCAACCGGUACGACGUGGUCAGCCACCUGUUGCCGGACUCGCCGGUGGCCGGGCGGGAGGCGUACCGCCGGAUGGAGUCGGCGGUGACGGCCGAGCGGUCGCUGACGGAGAAGCUGGUGCGCGGCCGGCACCAGCUGAACGAGUGCCGGCAACGGGUGGCCGACAAGACGGCGCGCCUGGCCCGGCUGAAGGCGAGCGUGGCCGAGGCCCGGGACCGGGCGGCGUCGGUCCGCGCGCCGAAGCGGCCGCCGCCGUUGGAGCACCCGCUGACGAUGGACAAGAAAGUGGACGCGCUCAAGCUGGGCAACCGGCAGGCGGCCAGGGCCCGGGACAUCAUCGCCGACAACACGGCCAUGAGGGACGCGCUCAACGAGCAGCUGGCCGCCGACGUCCGCCAGCAGGCCAUCGCCGUGGUCGAACUGCUCGCGUACGGCACGGCCGCCAAGCAAGAGGCGGUCGCGUACAACCGCGAUUAUUGUCGGCUGGCGGCCGAGCACGACCGUCGCGUGCGACGGAACCGAGCGCAGAGGCGCGUUCUCGACAACAGGAUAUCGGUACUGGAAUCGAACAGGAGAAAGAUGAUAGUCAAUCGGAUAUACAAUAACUCUGACGAGGAAGUAGAAUUUAUUACUGGAGAUGGAAUCCCAUCGGUUGAAUCUGAUUCGGAAAUGCAUCCUUCAAAGAAACCAGACAAGAAUAUGAUGUUAUUGAGAGAUUGGAUCGAGUCUGGAAUGAUGGAGCAACAAACAUUGUCCACGAAAGACAGUAUGGAGCUAUCUAGUUCUUCGAAUAUGACAGAUUUAACAGAUACCAUUACUUCGAACAUGACGUAUACAUUUCCCCAAGAAAAGGUGAACCGAUUUAAGUUAAAAAAAGAAGAUACAAGCAGGGCAAUGGAAGCUGUAGAAUACGUAUGUGAAACUUUAAACUUCUCAAACAUAACAGAAGUACUGCAUUAUUUUAUGUCAGUUAAAAAUGUAGAGAUGCGUAUAAAAAAAAUGAUAACCGUGCGAAAACAUCUAAUGGAGAUCGUACAAAAGAAUUUGGAAUCAGUGACUCAAGUGAAAAUGGAAAGUACAAAUUGUUUACCAGCAGCGAUUUUGCAGUUAGACGCCAACAUUGAACAUGUCCAGCGUGAGGGUUUAGACGUCCAGAAAAAACAAUUUGAGGAUGUCAACAAAGAUAUUACAGAAUACGGUAUACUGUUCAAUGAACUUUGGUUCCAGUUGGAUAGUCUCGUGGGAAAACUCGAACGAUGCCACGUCCCAGUAGUGAGAAAAUACCAACUGCACAUGAAAAAUCGGGACUUAAAGUCAGAGUCAAUAAUGGACGCUCAACAGAUGCUGGAGGGGCUGUGUCUGCAACACUGCCAAAAUUUACCUGUCACCAACGACGACUGUUCAACAGCUCGUCAACCUCCGUCGGCCAAGUCAAUGGAAUCUGCACGGGAAACGUCUAAUGUUUUUGGUAGAAAUCCAGCCGUGGACGCUUGCCGGAGGUUGUCGGAGAUACUGUACGCAAAGGUUAAAUCGUGUAUGGUGCACAUUGGCAAUGUCUUCGAUCCCGAUGACAAACAACAGCUAAUGGCCAGGGCAUGCUUUGCAUACGACCGGCAAGCCCAGCUACAAUGGGACGCCAUCGCCAUAAAAGACCGGAAGCGCCAGGCACGGGAACGUUUACAGCUCCAAGAGGAAAACUCCAAACACACGACUGAGCCUAAGACCACUGGCAUAAUAACUCGAGUGCAAACCAAACAGCAAGCCGAAGACAUCGUCCAGUGGUGUAUCACGCCCAAGGACACGGAUGACGCGAAGAGGACGAGGAAGCCUAUAUCGUUCCGGAAGUCCCGAAUCAUCGUGCGCGAACGGAAAAAGUUUUAAUUCAUAUUAUAUAUAUACAUACAUCCAUUUGGUGAACUAAUUUACAAAUACAAACUGUGGAUAUCUCGUUACUUUCGAUCAAAACAAAAAAAAAAUUAAUUAACCAUGUACACGUCAUAUAAAUGCAAUUACAUUUUCAUGUAGUCAGAUGGAAAAAACCAUCAUCAAGGAGGACUCCCUACUGUUAUAUGUUGAUAAAUGUAUUUUUAAUUUUUAUUUAACAUGAUAUUCAUUAAUUAAAA